GGGGUACACGCCUCCUAAUCUUCGCAGCAAACCGCAGCUCUGCACUGUUCUGCUAGCAAUUAUACUCGUCAGCUCUCGUCUCCGUCGUCGUACAGUCUGGGUCGAGCUGCGAGUAGCCGCUCUAGCGGUCGCCACAGUGUCUAAUUAGCCAGUGAAGGUCUUGGAUCCUGUCGCUGAGCUGUGCGGAACAAAAUGUGGGACUCUGUUUCGGACAGUCUCGACGAUUUCUGCAGACCCGUUUCCGACUUCUGGAAAGAAGAGGCGGGAAGUGGUAGUGGCAGCCACCAUGGCUCGGGAUCGGGCAGUGGGUCUUCCUCCUCGUCGGCCAACCUCCACGACGAGGUGGACUUCUCCCAGUGUUUCGAGGACACGGCGAUCCUCUACGGAGUGUGUCUGGUGGCCUGGGUUCUGGGUGGCCUCACCUUCCUUUGCGCCCCUUACCACAGGAAGAGCCUGCGCAUCAGCUCCCUACACCUUGCAAAACUUGGGUUGAUGCUGGUAGUGCUGGUAUCUGCAUUCUGUGAUCUGUUCUACACAGUUUAUCAGCAGUCAGUGCGGCAAGUAGCCGAAUACCAAUACGUGACACCGAUAGUCCUCUCUCUCACAAUGGGUCUGAUGAUAGGAGUAGUGACGACUCACAGGGUCAGUGGAAUCAAAUCAUCUGGACUCCCAUUUGUCUUCUGGCUGGUCAUGAUGUUCUAUGCAGCACUCAAGAUGAGAACACUUGUUCUGGUGGCUGAAGAUAAAGGCUCCGUCAAAGACGUGUUUCGGUUCACCACGUUCUGUGUCCAGUUUGCCAGCUACGUGGGGCUGUUUGUACUGACCCUGCUCCCGGAGCAUCACUCCAGGAGACACUCUUACACUCUGCUUCACGACGGAAUUGAUCAGCGAAAGCCGUGUCCAGAACUGGAGGCGACGUUUCUCUCCCGGAUCACCUGGUGGUGGCUCAACGGCCUCAUCUGGGACGGGUGGCGGAAGCCUCUGCUGUACUCUGACCUCACUGACCUGAACGAGGAGGACAAGGCCAAGAGGCUGGGCCCUAGGUUCCAGAGGAACUGGGACAAGGAGCUCAAGAAAUCCGAUGUCAAGUUUACCCGUGUUCCAGUCAAACCGAUGGAGUACCAGCCGGUCAAUGUGGAGAUUCUACCUACUAGUGGUGAGCCGGGGCUCGCCCCUGAGCCAGCCCAGGGCCACGGAGGCAGAGGACCGUCCCUGGUGUUGGCUCUGGCCAGGUCUUUUGGGGGAACCUUCUUCAUCGCUGGGUUCUUCAAACUCGGUCAAGACCUGCUCGGGUUUGCCAGCCCACAGAUACUCAAACUGAUGAUCAGAUUCACAGAGGACCCCUCGGAGUCGGACUGGAGAGGCUAUCUGUAUGCAGUGCUCCUGUUUGUGACUGCAGUGGUCCAGUCCCUCCUCCUCCAUCAGUACUUCCACCGCUGUUUCCUGGUCGGGAUGAGGGUCAGGACUGCAGUCAUCUCUGCCAUCUACAACAAGGCUCUGCGACUCAGCAACAGUGCCCGCAGAGAGCGGACGGUAGGAGAGAUAGUCAACCUCAUGUCGGUCGACGCCCAACGCUUCAUGGACCUCAUGAGCUACCUCCACAUGAUCUGGUCGGCCCCUCUCCAAAUAGUGCUCGCCCUCAUCUUCCUCUACAUCACCAUGGGCUUCUCCAUCUUUGCUGGGUUUGCUGUGAUGGUCCUACUCAUCCCUAUCAAUGCUGUCAUUGCUGCCAAGAGCCGCACACUUCAGGUGAAGCAGAUGAUCCUAAAGGAUUCCAGGAUAAAACUGGUGAACGAAGUGUUGAAUGGAAUGAAGGUCAUCAAGCUGUAUGCCUGGGAGAUUCCGUUCAAGCAGCAGAUCAUGGGGAUACGACAGGGAGAGCUGAAUGUCCUCAGGUCCACUGCCUUCCUCAACGCCGGCUCCUCUUUCACCUGGACCUGUGCCCCUUUCCUGGUUGCUCUGGCUACCUUUGCCACAUUUGUACUGGUGAACAAGGACUCCAGCAACCCCAAUGACAGACUGACUGCUGACAAGGCAUUUGUGGCUCUCUCUCUCUUCAACAUCCUCCGGUUCCCACUCUCCAUGCUCCCCAUGCUCAUCUCCUUCAUGGUUGAGUCGAGUGUGUCAGUCAAACGUCUGAGAGAGUUUCUGAAGGGAAAUGAGAUUGACCCGAAUAAUGUGGAGAGAUCUGAAGAACCAGCUACAGAGGGAGAGAAUGUGAUAGCAGUGAGCAGUGGAGAGUUCACGUGGGACACUGGAGACAAGUCCACUCUAGAGGAUAUCAAUAUCCAAGUGAAGCGGGGUCAGUUGGUGGGGGUGGUGGGUCUGGUGGGAGCUGGCAAGUCCUCACUCAUCCAGGCCAUACUGGGUGAGAUGGAGAAAGUGGGCGGCACUGUUGAAGUUAAGGGUCGGGUGGCCUACGUACCUCAGCAGGCGUGGAUCCAGAAUGCCACAGUCAGGGAGAACAUUGAGUUUGGACAGGCCCACAACGAGGCCUUCUACAAGAGGACGCUCGAGGACUGUGCCUUGGAGCAGGACCUGGAGAUUCUGCCCGGGGGAGACAUGACCGAGAUCGGAGAGAAGGGGAUCAACCUGAGCGGAGGUCAGAAGCAGAGGGUGAGUCUGGCGAGAGCAGUCUACCAGGAGGCAGACGUCUACCUCCUGGACGACCCCCUCAGUGCCGUCGACUCCCACGUCGGGGAAACACAUCUUUGAGAAGGUCAUCGGACCCGAGGGAGUCCUCCAUGGAAAGGUACACACAUAGAUUCAUACACAUUACUGUCAAAAUAUGAUAAAUGCAUACACACACGUAAGUACUACAUACACAUUACUACACAUUAUGAAUAUGUUCGUGCAGCAACGUGUUAAGAAGCACGUGUUAGUUUAAUAAAGUGAUGUGGUAAGAUUCGGUAUUUUUCAAGCAAACAGUUUCGUAUGUACAUAUGCCUUAUUAGGCUUAUGGUGCGUUGAUCAAUUCUUGGUAUCCAUCACGUCGCCGGUUACACAGUCGUUUCACGGCCCUCACCGGCCAACCCAGGUCAAUACGAUACCCAAAGAGCCAAGCAACGUGCCGUAUCAGUAGAUACACCCCCCACAGGAGAAUGAGAAUGUGGGAGAUGAAAGGUGGCACGAUAAACGUCAACUCGAGCGAGUUUGUUCCUGUAUUGAGAUCGUGCCUCCACAGACCACCUGCAAUACUGAAAAUUCCAAGCAGCAUUGAGUGGUAACUGAGCGAAAAGUUUGCGACGGUGCGGUGGCAGGGUCGCACGUAGGAAAUGGCAAACGAGAGGAAGAUGAAUGCUGCUCCUGUAAUAAACUGAGAGCCAAGGCUUUCGCGGAUUGUCAAGUCUCCCAUGGGACGUAUGAGGCUGGUUAGCAACAGCACCAGUCCCGCAGUUGCUCGAAAGUCCCGACUCUGAUCGGAGCCGUCCUUGUAACACUUGUUGUGGGCUCUGACAAAUACCGUGAUGGCCGUUUGGACUUUGGUGCUCAGGACCCGCGUUGCCUUCCUGUACAUUCUUGUAGGGUACACGCAGAGUAGCAGGGAUGGGGCGAGCAGAAACACAAUCAAAAAUGCAGUUGAAAUGAACGCAUAGAGGGUGUGUGUGUGGUGGGUGCUCAAGUGUGUGACUGUGGUAUGAACGGAGCCAUCAAUGUUGUUGUACACGGGGACUCUAUCGAAGAGAGAGUACAAGUUGUAGGCCAAAGUAGGAGCAGAGAGCAAGAGGAGGGAUGAAAAUGCGUGCAGGGCGAUAUUGCUAGUCACUGGCGUAACCCAAAGCUUAUCGAAAAUGAAACCAAACGGUUUCCAAAGAAUGCGUAGGACUCUGCAUUCGGCGGCAUACAGUCGCAUGAGACAGUAGGUAAUGAUGACGAGAACAAUUGAGAACGUUGGCUUCACUAAACCGAUCAUCUGGAGAUCGAUUUCCGUGAGAGUGUCACUGAAACAGUAUGCGGGGAUGACAGACCAUAGGAACUGGAGAUUCCAUACUUCAGCUAGUGCUACUGAGCACUGAAGUAGAACUCGGUACGAUGAAGAGCUGUUGUCGAGGAUGUAGUUGAAACUGUCGAGGUUUGCUUGUAUCGUGAGCACAAAAGCUUGGCAGAAGAGAACGUACCCUAGUAAGGGACCAGACGUGAUGUUUAGACUAAACACAACAAGUAUAACAAAGAAAACUGUGACCGGGACGAGUUCAAGCACUAAGUACAAAGCGAUGUAACCCCGGUUGCAUUUGGCACACUUCAUAUCGCGAGCGUAAACUGCAGGUCCAUGUCCGCCAAUGCAUUCUCCGCAGAGCAAACCUUUUCUGUUGUAAGGUCCACACAUCACAUCAUCUAACAUGUCAGGAUCACUGGGCAACUCAGAGAAUAUUCUGUUCUCGCUGUUUUGCCUGUGCGUGAAAGGACAGUAUCCGGCGUAGUACAGACCGUCUUUGACCGACAUGGUUGCACAAAAUCCAUUGGCAAUCCAAACUGACGUGUUCCCGUUGCGAAUGAGCUUGUCCUCAAACGUUUUUCCACACUCGCACUGCUCGGUGGCAUUGUCGUAGAAGAACCAUGUUGGGCAGGUGAAGUUGCGGGCACAAACCAAGACACUUGUACUGGCACAUGCGUAGAGUACUAUAACCCAGGACCAGUGCGCCAUAGAGAUGGACAUGGCAUUCCCUACUUCAUCUAGC